AUGCCGAUCGGCGGCUCGGCGCGGGCUGUGGGUGCGGAGCGACUGGCAGCGAUAUCAAUAUGGCCGACUCACGCGGCGCGGCACGUGGCAGCGGUCGUUGCCCUCGGCCGGCUACUACGAUACUCAGCAGGUGACGAUGUCACUAUCGUCGCUAUACUAGCUAACUUCUGUGAGGACGCACUGCGCCGCGCGCUCAAGACCGUGCUAGUGUAUGCUGAGAAGGAUCAAGAUCUGCACGACACUAACUUCCCAGAACAGGUGAAGGACCUGGUGUUCAACUUGCACAUGAUCCUGUCCGACACGGUGAAGAUGAAGGAGUUCCAGGAGGACCCUGAAAUGCUUUUGGAUCUCAUGCACCGCAUCGCGCGCGGCUACCAGCACAGCCCCGACCUGCGCCUCACGUGGCUCAGCAACAUGGCGCAGAAGCAUAUGGAGCGCUCGAACCACGCAGAAGCAGGCAUGUGCCUGGUUCACGGAGCUGCCUUAGUCGCGGAGCAGACGUGUGCGGGCGGGCGCGGCGCCGCUUUGCUGGAGAAAGUCACGCACAACGCGCUGGAUGAGAGUUGCGCUGAUGCUUUGCACCACCAUCUUACACAUCAGGAACUACAGGCCUUGUUGGAGCACGCGGCGAGCGAGCUGAUGACGGCGGGCAUGUACGAGACCGUCAACGAGGUGUACAAGGUGCUCAUCCCCAUCGCCGAGCAGCUGCGCGACUACAAGAAGCUCGCCAACAUACACAGCAAACUGAACGAAGCCUUCAGCCGCAUCGAGCAGUUGCACGGCAAGCGCGUGUUCGGCACGUAUUUCCGCGUGUCGUUCUACGGCGCGCGCUUCGGGGACCUCAGCGGGGAGGAGUUCGUCUACAAGGAACACGCGCUCACCAAGCUGCCGGAGAUCUUCAGCCGCCUUGAGAACUUCUACGGCGCCCGCUUCGGCACAGAAAACGUGGUGAUCAUCAAGGACUCGAACAUCGUGGACGUCACCACGCUCGAGCCAGACAAGGCCUACAUCCAGAUCACGUACGUGGAGCCCUACUUCGAGCCACACGAGCUGCGCAAGAGGGUCACGCACUUCGAGAGGAACUUUAAUAUUAAGCGGUUCAUGUACGCGACUCCGUUCACGGUGGGCGGGCGCGCGCACGGCGACAUCGCCGAGCAGUGCAAGCGCAAGACCAUCCUCACCACGGCGCACCACUUCCCUUACGUCAAGACGCGCAUCCAGGUGGUGCAGAGAACUCAAAUCAUUCUCUCUCCCAUCGAGGUGGCUAUCGAAGAUAUACAGAAAAAGAUUAACGAGCUGGCAGCGGCCACCAGCCAAGAGCCGGCGGAUCCCAAGAUGCUGCAGAUGGUGGUGCAAGGCUGCAUCGGCACCACCGUCAACCAGGGCCCGCUAGAGCUGGCGCAGGUUUUCCUCGCACCCGUGGCUGAAGGCACGCAGCCGCCCACGCGGCUCACGAACAAACUGCGGCUGGCGUUCAAGGACUUCUCUAAAAAAUGCCACGACGCGCUGCGCAAGAACAAGAACCUGAUCGGCAGCGACCAGCGCGAGUACCAGCGAGAACUCGAGCGCAACUUCUCGCGGUUCACCUCCCGUCUCGCGCCGCUUAUCCUCGCGCCGCCCUCGCACGUCGCACAGCUCAGCAAUGGCGUCAGCAAACCAGAUUACAAGUUCCAAGCGUAAGCGCACAUUCACUACGCAACAAACCAUGACAUCUGCAUUUAAUCUAUUCUUAGUUAUAAGACGAAGCAAAUUUAUAUUGUGAUCUAAAUCUAUUUGAUAUUUAUGUAACGUAUUAUAUUUAAAUAUGCACAUAUUAUAAUCUAACAUUUUAGGCACCACAUGGAAAGAGAUGAAUGGUAUUAAUGUCAAGAAAACAACCUGAAUGGGUUAAAGAAGUGUCCUUUAGAUGUAGAUCGUAAUCCCGUAUUUGAUUGAAAGUAACUUUGAAAUAUAAUAUAUUCAAUUCAAAGUUAUAAUCUAAUGGCAGGUUUCCAAAGAAACACACAUACCAACUCACCAAGCGGAAUGUGUUAAUUUACUAAGGUCAUAAAAUGGACUGAUAUUUUUUAUAUCUUUUUACCAUAAAAUGACAUACCAUAGUCACUCAAUGUGGUGACCCUUUGAGAUUAAUCUAACAAAUACUCUUACACCUAUGAAUUUCUUCAUAUAGCUUUAUUAAAAACACACCUUUUCCUAGUUUAUCCAAGACAAUAAAAACUUGCUGAUUUCGAAAAAAAAUAUUUGAAUUCCUCUAAAAUCAAAACAUUUAGCCACAAAUAAAAUGCCUAGAAUAGAUACUAUUAGUAAAAUAUGACAGUACAUUUUAGUUUAAAUAAAAUAAUCCUAAGUAAUCCUAUAAAGAAAUAAAGCGCAAUAUAAUUCAAAUCAAUUUCCCGCCUAAUGAUUAUAAAACAGUAUGGACCUUCACACUGCAUAAAUGAAAAACAAAAUUGUUUCCAUCUCCUUUCAUUCUUUAUGUAGGUAUGCAAAUUGAAAAGAAAUAAGACGGAGUUUUCAGUCCCACUUUAUUACGUGUUGUUAAUUUACAAGUAGACAUAACUAUUGUAAGAUUCCUGAUGGAAGAACACAAUAUUACAAGUAUUUUUUCUAUGUCAAUGUAGUAUUUAUUUUAAUGUGAUAUAAAUAAAACACAUUUUAUGAAAUAAUGUUUUUUACUAUUAAUAAAGUACCUAAGUGACUUGCACACAAAUCACGGAGCCACAAUAUUUCUUUCAGGCAGUCUUUAAACAUUUGUCUUCACAAAACAAACCUGUCAAAUUUUAUGAGUGUUCAGAUUAUUUCAUUGAAUAUUCCCAUAUUUACAUGUACAGCAAUGCUACUUAAAUACUGAACACUUCUAAAAACUAAUGGAAGAUGAGAAAAUUAAAUUAACUGAGAUUUGUAAUAUUUUAUGUCUUUAACAUGAAUGAAUAAUUAUAUCAAAUCAAUAUAAAUCUACUAAAUGCCACUUUGCAACGAGAUAGCCUGGUAUGCUUUUAUGCAGUCAACACAGAAAAUAGUGCAUAAUAUCAAUCAAAACAACUUGUCUAUGUCCACAUAGUACAUUCUUAACAAUAACUGAGCAAGCAUUAAGAUAGUCAGUGAAUUAUUAUUAUUUUGUGUGUAAUACUUUGAAUAGAAGAGUGUGAUGCAUAUCAGUAGUAAAUGUUUCAUUUUUAUGUGCCUUUCAGUAACAUUGCAAUUAUGGCAUCUUAUACAGUUUUAAAUAAUAGGUGGAAGCUCAUUGUCACUGAGUCACACUCACAGGAAAUCUCCAUCCAAAGACCAGUCUUGAGAUUCGUUUAUUUAUACAAUAUCGACAAUUACGCAAGUGUACUAGUAUUUCAAUUACGAAAAAUUGGCCAAAGAUUGGUUUUUGUUUUAC